AUGUGUGUUUUCUCUCCGUUUAGGUACAUGAUCCCUCUGUACACAGAUAUAGAGCAGUUCUUCAGCAUAAACCCAGAAGACGGCAUGAUCACCACGAAAAGAGCCCUGGACAGAGAGGCUCAGGCCUGGCAUAACAUCUCUGCGUCCGCCACGGAGAUAGGAGGACAUCACCAAGACACCAAAGUGCGUGUGAACAUCAAAGUGAAAGAUGUAAAUGACAACGCCCCAGAGUUCGCCACCAACAACGAAGUCCACAUGUGUGAAACUGUUGCACCGGGAAAGGUUAUUGAAACAGUGAGCGCCGUGGACAAAGACUUGAUGGCUCACAGACAACACUUCACCUUCAGGCUCGCUCCGGAAGUCGCCCACAACCACAACUUCUCCGUCAAGGACAACAGAGACAGCACAGCCAGCAUCUAUGUUCUCCGUAAAGGAUUCAGCCGCGGGACCCAGGAUGUUUACUACCUUCCCAUCGAGAUAAACGACAACGGCCUGCCCUCCAUGAGAAGCACCAACACCCUGACCAUCAGAGUGUGCUCCUGUGACUCCAGAGGCACCAUCCUGUCCUGCAACGUGGAGCCGUACGUCCUCGCAGCGGGGCUGAGCACCGGUGCGCUGAUCGCUAUCCUGGCCUGCAUCGUCAUUCUGCUGGCCACAAACCCAGACGGUGCCAACGGUUUCCUGCCAAGAAAGGACAUCAAACCGGAGCUCCAGUUCCCCCUGAGGCCCGGCGGCGGCCAUACUGGACACAGCGUGGACGUUGACGACUUCAUCAAAUCGAGGAUUGCGGAGGCCGACAGCGACGCCACGGCACCGCCCUACGACUCCAUUCAGAUCUACGGAUACGAGGGCAGAGGAUCUUUGGCGGGGUCGUUGAGUUCCCUCGAGUCCGUCACGACCGAAUCCGACUUGGAUUAUGACUACUUGCAGAGUUGGGGGCCGAGAUUUAAGAAGCUGGCGGAUUUGUACGGGACCAAAGACUGCUUCAUGGACGAUGAGGAUGAAGAAGACUCUUAGCAGUGGUCUUACUGAGUGGACGCCCCCUUCUGAUUUAUUGAUUCCAUGAGGAUUUGUUAACUGAGGGUUAACACUCCCCAGUACCCACUUGUUACCAACCUGAUCAGUACAUGCCAAUGUGUCAACGGACGUUCCUUUCCAUGGUCCUCCAAGACGAUUUGUUAAUGAACACGUGAAGAACGCUUGGACUACGCUACCACUUUUUCCCCAAAUGUCUCCAGUGUGUCUCUUUCCCCUUUCUCUUUCUACAGACUCGAGCGUUGCAGGGCUGGGAGAUCUGUUAUGUCACCAGUUUGUCCGUUGGAAAGUCAAUUGUUGGGGAAAAAAUGUUGCUGCGUGAUCAAAAUGAGCUGCUUUUAGCUAGCUGUUUAGUUUCUUAGAGGUUCAACACUUUUCUGGACUGGAUUGACGUAGGUCCUCGAUGGAUCCCCAGAGAGAUUUGACCUUGACAAGUUUCUGAAUGGGGUGUAUUUCAAGGAAGCAAAGCGAAUGAAAAGAAAAAGUUAGCAUGGGAUCCAGCAGCUGCCUGAUGUUAUGGAAGAGAAGUGUUUAUGUGUCGGUGGGGGUGAAACAAAAUGCUUUUCCAAUGUGUUGUUGUGUGUGCAGAUUCAGCAGGUACUGUGGUUUAUAUAGCGUGACAGACUCUGGGUUGUUGAUACUCUGAAGGCGCUCGCAGCAUCUUCACAGUAUGGUGGCCUUAUAAUAAAUAAA